GCAAAACACGACACGAUUAAUAAUACAUUUUAAAGUAGUUACUUGAUUCCGGUGAAAUAAUAUCAAUCGUUUUGGAUCAUUUCCUUCGUUUCAUGAAGUCCAGUUUCUGUGGGGAAACAUUAUUGGCUGCAGCGGGUAGUUGAAUGUCAGCCUGUGUCUGUCACCAGACUUGGCCUCUGCAGGUUUAAUGUUUAAUCUCCUCUCCGGCUUCCUGCCAGUGCCUCUGACUCACUUUUUACUUUCUGAAGCCAUUUUAACACAGCCAUGAUAUACUCACUAACAGCAAAUCUGUACUCACAACAAGGUGAGCAUUCUUCUUGUUGUUUGUCUGAUGUUUUACAGAACAAAUGCUUAAGAUAGCAACGUUUAGCUUACAGUUGACCGGAAACUGUUUUGUAUACGAGUAUGUUUAUGUACUCGAUGCACUUCGAAUGCAAACUAUUAACCGGACAUGCUGAAAGGACCAUCAGCAAAGUCUAGUUUGUGAAGCUGUUGGGCUGGAUUACUAAAAUGCUUACAGCAGCUUCUCAAACACAACAUAGACAAAAGUUAUGUUAUUCACAAUUCAUUCAAUUUUGAUAACAAUAAAAAGGUCUUGUUCUUAGUUUGAUAGAGUUCUCUAAGAUGACUGUGUAGCCUACUAGACCCUGAUUUCCUUACCAGCAACAGCAAAAUGACGGACAUCAGUAGAUUAUAUUCAGAUGACGUCUCAUCUCAAAGUGAAGAUUUCAACAGAGCACAUGCGGAGGAGGAUCCUACAAAAAUUCUCGAUGAAGACAAUGAGGACUCAAGCUUCUCUUGUCAUGAUCAGGGCAGUUCAGCCAAGCAGAAGGAAAACACGGAAGCUGAGGAGAUUAAAAAAAGCAUCUUUCUGAAACCAUGGACUGGUAUGUUGAAGAAAUGGAAUAAGGCUGAUUCUGAAUCACUUUCAACAUCUUCAGGGGGGUUUAAAAUACUACCUAACGGCACAAGAUGUAGUCCGCCUGUAUCUCCAUCACUGGACAGAAAUCAUUGGCAUGCGCGAGAUGCGCUUUCUGGUGACCUCAAGCCAAACUUCCCCCCAGGUUCAGUGGGGUACACAUAUGACACCCUCGAAUCUGAACUGACCAGUAUCCACCCAGCAGAGUACUACGCUGAGAAGUUAGAAGUAUACCAGUUAAAAUACUCCUACCUGAAGUCUUGGCCUGGCCUCUUAAGGCUGCUCGCUGGCCUUCAACUUCUAUUUGGUGGGAUGGUUUUUGCCUGUGUAUGUGCAUAUAUUCAGAGAGACAGUGAGUGGUCAAACUACUACAGGCCAAAUUAUGGAUUCACUGAUGUGAAAGGAUACCGUUAUACUGGACCCAUGACAACCUUUGUGUUGGUCAUUGUUGGACUCUCAUGGAUACUGACGGUUAUUCUGAUGGUUUUGGGAUUUACAAUGUAUUAUCGGACUAUCCUUCUGGAUUCCAAAUGGUGGCCUCUCACCGAGGCUGUUAUGAACCUAGUCCUUUCGUUGUUGUACAUGGCAGCGGGUAUCGUCUACCUGAAUGAUUUGAAUCGUGGUGGGCUUUGCUUCAUGACGGUUGGCGUCAACCCGAUCCUGUCUAAUCUGUGUCGUGUUGAGGGGGGUCAGAUGGCUGGAACUUCGUUUAUAUUUAUUAACAUGCUCAUGUACUUGAUAAGCUUCCUGGCAUGCCUUAAAAUGUGGAAGCAUGAAGCCACCCGCCGUCAGAGGGAGGCCAUGACCAGCCAGCUGAACAGCAAGUUACAGCAGCAGACUCUGAAAUCCACAUCCAAUAUGGGCAGCUCCUCUACUAGAUCCAAGAAAAUUUCAUUCAAAGAUGAAACGGAUCAAAGCUUGUUGAAUGAGAGCAGGCUGGCUAAUGUCUCAGAGAGAGCUGAAGAGCGAAAGAUUUUAACUGGAGUUAUUCCAAUUGGACACAUUCCUAAACCCAGAGUCAUCGCUGAUUUUGUAAUAAAAUAUCCUGAAAUUCAUUCAAUAGAAGACAGAGAGCAAUACAAAGCAGUCUUUAAUGACCAAUACCAGGAGUACAAGGAACUGCACAGAGAGAUCACAGCCACUUUAAUGAAGUUUCAGGAAUUAGACACCACGAUGAGCCGACUCUUCAACAACAAGAGAAACCCUGAGGAGAGAAAGAGAAUCAAUGGCUUACUGAAAACAUAUGAGCAAAAAAAGAACGAUCCUUACUUUCUGGAGAAGAAGGAACGGUGUGAAUAUCUAAAAGCAAAACUAAGCCACAUCAAGAUGAGGAUUCGUGAUUUUGAUUCCACUUGAUUCCAUUUCUAAGGACAGCAAUUACUAAAAUACUAAAUUACUAAAAUAUUAUUUAUUGAUUAAAAUUCCUCUAUUUUAUUAUUAUGUGUAUAAAUUGCACAAAAAGAAAUAAGGCCAUUUGGCUUAAACUAAUUCAAAAACUUUACUUUCACAGAUCAGAUUUUUUUAUAUUAUUUUUUUUUACUGUUAACUGUUUAUGCUCUUAAAAUUGUAAUAUCAAUUUGUAAAUCAAUCAUAUUUUAUAGAAAACAAAAUGGCCUGAAAUCAGACUGAGACUGUUGCUUUAAAGCACUUCAGAAGAUUAUCAAUCAUUAACUCAGCUUUUCAUCCACCUUAACUUUCGACCCACUGAGGAGCCAAUAAGACUGAUUGUGUCGGUAGCAACUGGUUUAGAGUUUCAGGCCCAGGUCUUCCACACAAGUCACCAUGAGCAGCAGCUGUCACCGCUAUUCACAUCAAACGGAUAAGCUCCAACACUAAACAA